AUGGUUCCACAACAAACAUUUGUCGCGAUUUUUGUGUUCUGUAUGAUGAUUCAAAAUGUUUUGGCUAGAGAAAAUAUGGCACCGUCGUCGGUUUACAGGUUUGUGGUUUAAGGGGAUUUAGGAGGCUUUAGGAGGCCUAAAGAGGCUUCAGGGUACUUUAAAGGGUUUCAGAAGAUUUUAGAAGGCUUCAGAAAAGUUUAGGAGGCUUCAGAAAAAUUCAGGAGUCUUCAGAAGGAUUCAGAAAAAUUCAGGAGGCUUCAGAAGAAUUCAGAGGGCUUCAGAAAGCUUUAGAAAGCUUCAGAAGGCUUCAGAAGGCUUCAGAAAGCUUCAGAAGGCUUCAGAAGGUUUCAGAAAGCUUCAGAAGAUUUAAGAAGGCUUCAGAAGAUUUCAAAAGGCUUCAGAAAGCUUCAGAGGGCUUCUGGAGGCUUCAGAAGGCUUUGGAAGGCUUCAGAAGGUUUCAAAAGACUUCAGAAGGCUAUGGAAGGCUUCAGAAGGUUUCAGAAAGCUUCAUAAGGCUUCAGAGGGCUUCUGGUGGCUUCAGAAGGCUUCAGAAGGCUUUAGAAGUUUUUUUUUUUGGAAUUUCAGAAAAUUUCAGAUUAUCAUGUUCUGAAUCUGAAGAGUUUGAAGCUUCGGGACUCCUUGACUCUAGGAUUCUAGGAGAUUUAUAUUUUGGUCUCUUAUUUGAAAAUUGUAGCCAAAAAUCUAUUGAAUUCAGGAAAAUUCAAGGUUUUUACUUAUUUCAAUUCUUUAAAUUUUUUUUUCUUUGAAAAAUUAUAGAUAUCAUCUAAAGAACCUUUUCCCCUUCCCUGCAAAAAAAACAAAAAAAAAACAACAGCACAAAUUUUCCAAUUUUUUAUAUAGCCCAAUAAAAAACCGUAUGAGUGUAUUCAUAACAAAACAUGUUUUUUUUUUAGUUCUUCUCUAAAAAUACAACUUUCUCCCAGUCUCUAUCCAUUUUUUGCACUUUUCUGGUCCAAAUCAAUCUUAAUUAUUUUUGGAAGCCAAUUAUCUCCAGAAUUGUUUUCCGGAUUUUCAGAAAAAUAGGAGGAGAAGACAAUCUUAUUUUUCAAUCAGUUUUUUUUAGAAAUGAAAUUUUAUUUUUUUUUGUUGGAAUGAACUUGGAAAGAGGGGAGGAGGAAUGAUUUUAUUUUGAGAACUAGAGAAAAUUCGAUUUGCACUGGACUGAUUGGCUUGCUCUUGAGACUUAUGAUAUCUCGGAGAAAAGGGGGAGAAGUUUUCAAAUUUAAAUCUUUGAUUUUGCAGAUCAGAUUUUCCGCAACAACAACAACAACAACGUAAUCCAUUGUUUUUUGUUGAUGAAGAUCCACGUCUUAUUCGAUAUGCUUCAGAUAUCAAAGAUCCAAUUAUCAAACGUUUCAAACCAUGUUAUUAUUCGCCAAUUCAAUGUCUGAUUAAAAAAUAA